AUAAUCAAUUGCUAUCAUACUCUAUUAAAUUGAUUCCUUAGUUUAAUUGUUUGAUUGGUUUCUACCAUUUACCAUCGACUGAGAAUCAAGGGAAACAAUCAAAUCAAAUUCUGCAUCCCGAACAAUUUACCUGCCUUUCCAUUAAUGGUAAUCAAAAUGAUUCAUUUUGGUAUAAACUGAUUAAACAACAAUUCAGUUUUAAAUUUCCUUUAAGGGGUAUGCAAUACUUCAUUAAUCAAUAUUUCCAAUAGCUUUGAGAUCUACUCUCGAUCUCGACAAAAACUGAUCUUUAAUUCACUUCGAGUUUGGACCAAAAUGUUCAUUAGUGAUGUCGACCAGAUGGUUAUGAGUGAUCUUAAAUUUAACCUGAAGUAGAACAUCAAUUGUAAACAAUUGAAAGACUUACUUUCUCUUAAUUGUCCUAUCAAAGGAUAAUAAAGGCUAAUUAUGUAUUGAUUUUAAUUGUAACUAAUUUUCUGGUUUAAUCAAAAUUAUUGAUUAUCCAUAACCAUAGUAACCCUUGUGUAUUGGUUACCUACAUGUAUUUGUUUCUGCUACAUGAGUUUAUUAAAAAGCCAGACAUUGGUGAUUAACUGAUUGUAAGAUUUACAUCGUGAUUUAGUGAUUUGAUUGUUGUGAAAUUAAAUUAAAAUGAAGAUUAAAUUUGAAAGAAGCCUUUUGGCCCCUGAUUUGGUUAAUCUUUUAGCUCGAAUUGAGAUAAUCUCUUGGUCACCUAAUGGAUCCAAAAUUGCUGUUUGUUUAUCCGCAAGUAAUCAAGUUAACCUUUUCGAUGGAUCAACAUUUGAACGGAAGGACAGAUUCACCCUUCGAUCGGUAGACAAAAGUUUCUCGAGGAAGUCAUUUGUUGUAAAGGGAAUUUGCUUCUCACCCGAUUCGACUAAAUUGGCCAUCGGUCAAACCGAUUGUGUGAUUUAUGUUUACAAACUGGGCGAUUCAUGGGAAGACAAGAAAUCAAUUGUUGGCCGUUAUUUACUUCAAAGUCCAGUUACUUGUCUUCAAUGGCAUCAAUCGGGCAUCAUAUUUGGAUCGGCUGAUGGAAAGGUUAAACUGAUUCCGAACAAUUCAAAUCGUAUGACAGCUUUAAUCUCAUCUAAUUCAAUGGUCAUUUCGUUAUCGAUUUCGGGUGAGACAAUUAUCGCUGGUCUGCUCAAUGGGUCAAUAUUCAUGUCCACCAUUGGAUCAAGAGAAUCAGGUGGUUAUCAGAUCGCAACUCACUCGUGUCCACCUUUUGCUUUAACUUUGACCCAUUCAGGUUAUAUUGUUGUCGCUGGUUGUGAUGGGAAGAUUGGUUUCCAUUUGACUUCAGGUUAUCCGUCAAAAAAUGUCACCAAUAAACAGCUGAUUGAAUUUGGAUCUGAAAUAACUUGUGCUUCAGCAUUUCCGACCGGAAAUUCAGUGAUUCUCACCUCAUUUGAUAAGAUGAUUUUGUUCAAUCUCGAGACUCACCUUUGGCGAAUCAAUCAAACUAUUCAAUUGUUAGGUUGUAAUUUGAUUACGGGAGUUUUAAUCACCAAAGAUGGAACCAGGUUAUUAAUUGGGUCGAUAACUGGAUCAGUUGAUUUGUUUACAUGUCAAUGGAAAAAGAAAUUGAUUGGUGAUAAAUUCGAGAUUAAUUAUGUUGGUUUGAGUCAAAUUGUCUUCAAAAAUUUGGACAAUGGAUUGACCAAUAUCUUCCGAUCGGAUCACGAGAUUCGCGAUGUUAGGAUCAUCCGAGAUUCUUAUGCUGUUGUUUGGACCUCGAAAAGCUUAAUCAUGGCCACUUUGGGAUCUUCAUCUAAAUCAUCUGAAAUUGAGUGGCCUGGAUUAACUAGUCGAGGUCUUAAAUUUUGCUUCGAUUACGAUAACGUGGCUUUAGUUUACGCUGCUGGUGAACUUUUUAUCGUUGAGCUCGGAGUGAAUCAGCUCUUAGCUUCAGUUAGAACUGAUCAUGUUAAUCCUCACCUAAUGAGUGUUCGGAUCAAUGAACGUAAAUCGGGUGCCAAAGUCUUGGCAUAUCUACUCGAUCUGAAGACAAUCGCAAUUGUCGAUUUGAUUUCUGGCCUUCAAAUUUGUACCUGGUCGCAUGAGGAAAAAAUUGAUUGGUUGGAACUAAAUGAAACAACUAAGCGACUUCUUUUCCGUGAUAAGCAACUUCGUCUUCAUCUGCUCGAUAUUUUGGCCCAAGAGUCGAUUGUCCUUCUCAAUUUUUGCGGAUUCGUCCAAUGGGUACCUGGAAGUGAUGUUGUUGUCGCUCAGUCGAGGGACAAAUUGUACAUUUGGUAUGACUUCAGUCGACCUGUUAUUCACGAUAUUCCUGGUGAUCCUAAAGCCGAGGCCGUUUCUAUUGAGCGCGAAGGUGGACUUUCUAGAGUCACUUUCACUGGAAAUACUCCUGAUAUUUUACUCGAUGAUGUUUUGCUCGAGUUCGAUACAGCUCUCGAGGAUGGUGACCUUCGUCGAGCGAUGAGUUUCUUAGAGACCUGUGAUCUCUCACCAGAAUCUGAGGCCAUGUGGAAACAAUUGGCUUCUGCUGCUCUCCAAUCUUUCGAUAUUUCGGUCGCUGAACGCUCGUUUGCUGCGAUAGGCGAUGUCACCAAGGCGAAUUUUGUCCGUCAGUGUCUCGAAGAUCAUAAUAAAUUGGCUCUACUUGAAGGUGAUUGGACUACAUUUGAAUCGCAUAACUUUGAUUCUGUUAUUGACACUUAUGUGUCAUUACAUAAAUGGGACAAAGCGAUUGAACUGUCCGCUCGAAUGGGCAGAACUGAUAUUAAAGAUUCACUUGAGUCUCGAUAUCUUGAAUACCUCAAUGAGACGGAACAACAGUCUGAAGCCGGUCGAUUGAUGGAAAAGAAAGGUCACUUCGAGGAAGCAAUUAAGUUAUAUUUAAGGUCAGGGUGGCCUUUUCAAGCUGCCGCUCUGCUAUUUGAUCUGGCAGCUAAAAGCCAGUCAACAUAGCGCAAUUUAAUCGAGGAAUUGAUUAGUGAACUGAAAGCGGCUCAAUUUUAUGAGGAGGCCGGAAGGUUAUCGGAAAUGGCUCCGGUUUCUGAUCCUAAUGCUGCUUAUGAACUUUAUUUAGCUGGACAUUGUUAUGGUCGAGCUAUUGAUUUGGCUCGUCGUGAAUUUCCGGAAGAAGUGGUCACUCUUGAGGAAAAAUUUGGUGACUGGCUACUGACCUCCAAUCGCGAUCCAGCCGGAGCAAUCAACCAUUUCAUUGAAUCAGGUCGAAAUGAUAAAGCGCUUGAGGCCGCUGUUGAAGCUGGACAGUUUGAAAAAGCGGCAGAAAUCGCUCCUAGUUUAGAUACGAUUCCUCCUAAUUUGGGAAGGUCAAUCGCUGAGUAUUAUUCAACCAAUGGUCAAAUCGAUGCAGCGCAAGAAAUUUACUUAACAUGUGGCCUGAUCGAAGAUGCAGUUUCUCUUCUGAACAAGGCUGGACAGUUCAGUCGAGCCUAUCGAUUGGCUAAGAAUUAUAUGACCGGUGAAGCGGCACGUGAAAUGUAUGUCAAUAUCGCUCGCUCAAUGGAGGGUGAAGGUAAAUAUCGUGAAGCCGAAAGAAUCUACAUAACCUGUGACGACGUGGACUCUGCGAUUUCGAUGUACAAAUCAGCUCGACAAUACGAUUCUAUGAUACGAUUGGUUAAACAGUAUCAUCCUGACCUUUUGAAUGAUACUCAUCUGCAUCUCGCAAAAGAGCUGGAAACGGAUGGACUUCAUGCUCAAGCUGAAGGUCACUUUGUGGCCGCUAGUGAAUGGAAAAAUGCUGUUCGAAUGUACAAAAAUGCCAAUAAAUGGGAAGAUGCCUACAGAGUAGCUCGUUCAUACGGUGGUGCUGUUCCAGCAAAACAAGUGGCCUUUCUUUGGGCUAAAAGUUUACCUGACUCAGAAUCGGCUGUUAAACUUUUAAGUCGCUUUGGUUUACUCAAUCAGGUCAUUGAUUAUGCCGUUGAAUGUAAUGCGUUUGAAUUUGCAAUCUCAUUAGUGACCAAUGGUGGACCCGAAAUGAAACAUAAGGUCACUGAUGUAAGAUUAAAAUAUGCGCUUUGGUUGGAAGAUGAAAGUCGAUACGAUGAAGCUGAGGCUCUUUUCUUGGCAGCAAAUAAGCCGAAAGAAGCGGUUCUUAUGUACUUACAUGCUCGAUCAUUUUCUGACGCUCUGAGAGUCGCUGAACAAUAUGUCAAGGAUGAAAAUGUUGUUUCUGACGUCCUUGUAGCCGAAUCGAAAAAUCUUAUUGAAAAGUCCGGCGGCUCUUCAAUCGAGACAAUGAUGAAAGCGGAAUCGUUAUUACUUCGAGCCGGGCGAAUUGAAUUGGCUGUUAAAAUGUACAAAGACAUGGGAAUGUGGGAUGAGGCCUUGAGAGUUUGUGAACAAUAUUCACCGGCACUUAUUGAUUCCGUUAAAAGAGAUAUGAUCUUAUCAGGUAAUCGAUCCGUGGCUUCAGUGUCAUCUGAUUAUCGCUCAAUAGAAACGGGAUCGGGCAAUGGCUCACGACAGCGAGGUCUGGUUAUCGCUUCGAGAGGGUCACUUAAAUCUCGAGAUUCGGCAGGAACUUCACGAUCAGGAAGUAUUUCUGGGCCGAUGACACCCUCGGAAUCGUUUAGACGAGAUCUUAAGUCUGAACUCGAAGCUGCUGAAUCGGCAAAUGAUAAAGAAAAUAUCGUCCGUUGUUGUUUACUGUUAGUCUCACAAUUAAUUGGUAAAAAGUCUUAUGGUGAAUCAAUAAGAUUGCUGAACAAAUACCCGAUCGCUUUAGCAUCGUUGGAAAGUAAGACUUUGUUGACUCGAAUAGCAAAUGAACUUAUGGCCUACGAGUCACCUGACGAACCAGAUUAUUCAACAUGGAAAAGUCUUCGAAAUGCUUUUUUCAAUCACAUCUCAACAUCUCAAGGGUCAAUCGAUGAUUCGACCUUCGAACAAUAUUUAUUAAUAACUCACUUUCUCGUCUUGAAACGAGCACUGACCAACCUUGUGGACUUUAACGGAGUCACAGAGCUACUUUGUAAGUUGACGAUUUCUUUACUUCGAUAUACGGACAUCCUUCGAGUGGACAAGUUCUUUUACGAAGCUGGACUGGUAGCGAAAGAAAAUGGCCGAUUAGACAUGGCCUUUAUUUUCUGGAAUCAUUUCCUAGACCUUGUUGAUGCCAUCGAAGAGGGAGACGUUAAUGUUGACCAUUCUGAUUUCGAGGCGACUGACAUUCCCUCUGAAGUACCGUUACCAUCAACACCUUUUGCAAUCGAUGGUCAACCAAAUCUAAUCGAAGAUGUUAAAAGUUGGAUUCUCCAAAUCUCAAUGGACUCGAAAAUUUCUCAUAACCUUCCCGUUGAUCCAUAUUGGGGAAAUGUUUAUGAAGCAUCGCUGGUCAACGCCGACGGGUCAAAAUCGUUACCUUGUCUUGUCACCGGUUAUCCCGUUCACAAGAACAAAAUCCUCGAGCUGAAGCCUAAUCGUUAUGCUGCUAAUAAAGAUGAUUGGAAUAAAUUGUUAAUGAUCACAAAGGUGUCCGGAAGUGAUGACCUCAAGGAGAUCCUUCUUUUCAUCGGAAAACUUUGCGGCAACGCAACGGUCGCUCGAUUUACUUUCCAAUAGUUCAAAUUAAUUUAACUUGACAAUAAACACUAUUUCCUAAUCAUUAA